AUGGCGGGAAUUAAGUCACUGGCUGUGCGUGGUAUUCGCAGCUUUGGUCCCGAAGAAUGUGAUGAGCAAAGAAUAUCGUUUGAGAGACCUCUAACUCUCAUUUUAGGCCAGAAUGGAUGCGGUAAAACAACAAUUAUUGAAUGUUUACGAUACGCAGUCACCGGCCAAAUGCCGCCCGGCAGCCGCAAUGAAUGUUUUGUGCAUGAUGCUAAAGUUAACAGAUCUAGUGAAGUCAUGGGACAAGUUAAAUUAAAGAUUGUAAAUGCUAAAGAUAAGCAGUUAGAGGUGUCAAGAUCAAUGAGAGUGACUGCUUUACAAAAGAAAAAGACAAAGUUUCAAACUUUAGAUUCAUUUCUUUCUGUUAUUGAUGAAACUGGAAAGACAAAGGAUAUAUCCUCUAGAUGUGCUGACUUGGAUGUGGUGAUGCAUGAAGAAUUAGGUGUAUCAAAAGCAAUAUUGAACUCAGUGAUAUUUUGCCACCAAGAAGACUCAAGCUGGCCUCUAGAUGAGGGUAAAAAAGUGAAGGAGAGGUUUGAUGAGAUUUUUGAUGCUGAUAAAUACAGUGAUUGUAUUGAUAAGCUAAGAAAAAUUCGAAAGGAAUACGCUUCUACACUGAAACUUUUGGAACAAGAGGUUGCCCACUUGACAGAAAAGAAGCAAGAUUUGGAUAAAAAGAAACUGGAUGUUGUCAACACUGAAUCAAGAAUUUCAGAAUCUGAGUUAAAACUGGGCGAGCUAACGCAAGAGCUAAAACCAGUUACAGAAAAGAUCAAUGCUAUUGUUGCAUUGCAAAAGAAUUUAGUGCUAUUUGAGACUAAGAAAGAAAAAAUUAAGACAAAAUUAGAGCAUUGUAAGACACAGGAGGAAGAGUUAAAGAAAGCCAUCGAGACUAUGUUUGAGGGAACCACACCGGAACUGCAAGAAAACAUAACCAACUAUGCUGCAACUGUUAAAGCAAAGCAAAAGGAACUGGAUGAAUCUUAUAAAAAGAAUACUUCUUUCAAUAAAGAAGAAGAGAAGAUUGCUAAUGAAAAGACAGCAAAUGAAGUUAAAUACAACAAGUUAAUUCUUCUUGAAAGUCAAAAUCAAGAAAAAAUUGAUAAAAAGAAUACUCUUAUUGUGGACACAGCUAAAUUAGCAGAAUUAGAGAUGGAGAAAGUAGAGUCAGAUGAAGACGCAGAAAAGGGGAUGGAGGCCAUCACCCAGCGCAUCAAACAACUCCAAGAUGCACUCCGAGAACAGAAGAGAGUGGCUGAUGAUGAAGAAAAGAGAUACCAACAUCAUGUUGAUGAGAGUAGAGAUGCACUUUCUCGACACAAGGAAAAAAUAUCAAACAAGGAAGAAGAUAUACAGACAAACAAGAAAACUAUAACCAAGCUGGAGAAGCAAAUAAACGAUACAAACAAAUCAAAACAGCGUUUAGAUACAGUAGAAGCGAAGCUUAAGACUGCAGAAGAGGAGUAUGAACGCGCUAAAAGUGACUUAAACACAGAAGAAAGCCAAAAAGAGAUCAACGAAAAUGAGAAGCUUAUUGAAACUCAAGAGAACGAGCUUGAAGAACUCAAUACAAAGGUUACCAAGCUACAAAAACAGACUGCCAAGUUAAAAGAGAGAGACAUGAUUGAAGAGUCUUUGAAACAAAAGGAAAGACAACUAUCCGUCUUGAAGAAUAAACAUAAGUCUACCAUAACAGAACUCUUGGGUGACAUUCAAAAUAAUUUCGCUGUAUCAGUGAACAAGCUGGAAGUGAAGCUUAGAUCUGAAGUUGAUUCCGCCAAACAGAAGAUCAAAGAAAAACAAUUAGAGAUAACGAGAUUAGAGGCAGAUCGCAAGCACAUUCGCGAGCAGUUAAGCGAACGCCGUGCCGAACUAACUAAAGGAGAGGAUCAGAUGUACAAAGCAUGCGGCACUCAAUCCUAUGAGACCACCCUGUCCAAGAUAACAGCUACAGUAGAAAAAUUGCAGGAUGAACAAAAUGUACUCCAGUCAUCCAUGUUCAUAAUAGCAAAGUAUAAAAACCAGCUCAGGGACAACAAUUGCUGCCCCUUGUGUAGCCGUGGAUUCGAUUCUGAGACUGAGGUAACAGAUCUAAUAUCCCAACUGACUACUCAAGUUCUGAAUGUGCCAGCCAAGCUAGAAAAAGUCACUGAAGAGCUGCAAGUAGCUUCAGCGAAGAAAGACGAUCUUCUCAGUAUGAAGUCACUCAACGAGAGGAUAAUCGCUCUUAAAGAAAAGGAAAUACCGCAACUAGAAAAAAGAAUGGCUGACGUAGAUAGCCAAAUAUCAACCCUGAAUGAGAGUUCUGAAGAAUUGUCAAUGUCAAUAUUGGAGCCUGAGCAAAAGUUGCAGAGCGCUCGUGCAAUUCAAGGAGAUAUGCCAUUACUUGAUCGGUUCACCAAUGAAGUCAACGCUUCAACGAAAGACUUUGAAGCUAUAAAAGCGCAAUGUACGGACAUAAUUACCGACAUGACCCUUGAUGAAGCAACUACUAAGCAGAACACCUUGCGUCAAAGCAUAAGUACUCUACGCGCCAAAGUGAAGACCGCGCAGCAGAAACUAAACGCCUAUAAUAAGAAAAUCAAUUCCAUGAACGAAAAGAAAAUUAAACUUAAGGAGGAAGUUGUGAAUAUACAAAAGAAGGUCCAAGAACUGGUCAACCUACAAGAAAGCCUUAAAGAGCUUGAAUUGAAUAAGGAGAAAUUUGUUGAGGAGCUAAAGGAAUUACAAGAGGGCAUUGCACCACUCGAAGCUGACCUCAAAGAGAAGAUUAAUGUUAAGAAUGAAGUAGUUAAAAAGAGUAGAGGUGAAAUAGACGUGAAAAACAAUUACAUUAUGAAGGUGGUGAAUGCCUUUGACAAAGUGAAGAUCAUAGACUUGGAGAUCCGGCAACAUAAGGAGCGUAACAUCCAAAAAGAAAUGGACAAAAUUACAGAAGCCAAUGAGUUGUUGAUGGAGAAACAAAAGCAGAUUAUGGCGGAUCGCGAUAUUCUUACGAAGAAAAUGUCCAGUUUGCGAGAUGAGCUCGCUAAGCAAGAGAUAUACAAACGUAAUUUAGACGAUAAUCUCAAACUACGCAAAGCGCAAACAGACAUCGAAUCUUCCGAGAAGGAUUUAGUGGAGAUCAAUGAAAAGCUUUCUGGUGUGAACACUGAAAUGCUUUCGGAAAAGGAAGAGCUAAUCUCCAAACAAACCAAGAUCUUCCGGGAGAAAGCGCAGACGGAAGGAAAGCUUUCGGAACUUAAGGAAAGAUUGAAACAAAGCAAAGCAGAACUGAAACGGACCCAAAACAAAGACAUCGAAACUCGGUACCGAGAAAAAAAUUAUGAACUGCACGUGACUAAGGCAAUAGACCGCGACGUACGGGACUACCUUGUAGCACUUGAUAAGUGUCUCCUAGAGUUUCAUAGAGAGAAAAUGGAGAACAUAAACCUUAUUAUUAGGGAGAUGUGGCGAAAAAUUUACAGAGGCAACGACAUCGACUACAUUGAAAUAAAGACUGAAGGUAGCAUGACGGCCGAUUCGGAUCGCCGUAAAUACGAUUACAGAGUGGUUCAGUGCAAGAACGGGGUAGAGAUAGACAUGCGCGGGCGCUGCAGUGCUGGUCAAAAGGUGCUCGCGUGUCUAAUCAUCCGGCUAGCUCUGGCAGAAACAUUUAGCUCCAGAUUUGGCGUACUUGCGUUAGAUGAGCCAACGACAAAUCUAGACGCGGAAAACAUUCAGAGUCUAUGCUCUGCACUCGGAGAGAUAGUACAAGAGAGAAUGAAACAAAAGAACUUUAUGUUUAUUAUUAUUACACACGACCGUGAAUUUAUCGAAUCUUUAGGUAAUAUCGAUAAGGUUACCCAUUACUAUGAAGUAUCCAGAAAUGACGAAGGAAAGUCUAGAAUUAAGAAAAUAAGAUUUACAUAG